CGGGCUCUAGCUAAGUCACUAGUGGCAGUGUUGUUACCCAAGGUUAGGGUCAGAACUUUGUGAUUGGUCAAUGUAAAUUGCACGACUAAUUACUCAGUUUGGCUACUCGAUCCCUUCAAUCGUCGCGGUGAGAUCGCAAGCACUUGAAGCAGGGUCUCUUGAUUCACACAAGAUGUCUAAUACAACACAUGAAUCGCAGACAUUCUCUGCUGAAUCAUACUUUGAAACACAAUCACAACCUCCUUCACUCGUCGCCGACAUAGAGGGAGUUCACGAAUUUAUUCAACGGCAACAACAGGCUAACCGAUCCGUCGUGCUUGUAACGAGCGGAGGGACCACCGUACCACUGGAGCUCAAUGUCGUCCGCUUCCUCGAUAAUUUCAGCGCCGGUACCCGAGGUGCAACGUCCGCCGAAUAUUUCCUCAAAGCUGGUUAUGCCGUCAUAUUCAUGCAUCGCCAAUUCAGCCUGCAACCCUUUAGCCGACAUUAUUCCCACUCUACCAACCCAUUCCUCAACUUUCUCGAGAUUGAUGCUGCAUUGCCGUCGUCCUCGACUAUUGACUCGGCAUUCCCGUACUCAAAUGACCCUCCACCCACGACACCGGCACCGCAAAUCACUGUAACCACUGCUGAGCGCGCCAAACUAUUUUCUGUGCUCCGUGCAUACAAAGCAGUGCAUGCCCAAGGAACCCUACACAUGGUCUCGUUCGUUACCGUCAACGAGUAUCUUUGGCUACUGCGCGCAAUCAGUAGAGAGAUGAGCAUACUAGGAAGAAAGGCGAUGUAUUAUCUUGCUGCCGCCGUUAGUGAUUUCUUCUUACCGCAGCAGAGAUUAUCGGAACAUAAGAUACAAUCUGGAAAGGGUAACCUAUCCAUAGAAAUGGAUCAAGUACCAAAGAUCUUAAAGCCACUUGUGUCGGAAUGGAACCCAGAAGGGUUCAUUGUCUCCUUUAAGCUCGAAACUGACGAGACGAUUCUGAUACCGAAAGCCCAACAAGCGCUUGAGCGUUAUGGGCACCAGGUGGUGAUCGGAAACGAUCUCCAUCACCGUAAGCACCGCGUCGUGUUGAUAUCUCCUGUGGUGCAGGCAGACGGUACAAAGAAAUCGGACGGAGUCCUCGUAUCUCAACCAAAAUAUGCGGUAUUCUGGAUAGAAAUUGAUUCUGAUCAACCAUCCAACCAUCCCAAGGAAAUAGAGGAAGACAUCAUCGAAGAAUUGCUUGAACGGCACAAUACAUGGAUCGAAGGCUCAUGAGCGGGAGACAUUCUGAUCUAUAGCAAUGUGUUGCAUGUAAUAUUAUAUAUAGAAUUACGGGGUUUUGAUAUCUUCCCGAGCGAAAGUAAAAUCAAGGGUGUC